AUGUCUGGCCCAUUCCAAGCUUCUGCUAUGCCCAUGGCUGUUCCCUCAAAGGCCACCCAAUACCCCACUUACAGCCAAUACUCCAGCUCUCCCCCAGAAUGCGAUGAGACCAUGAGCGCCGCCUCUGGUGUUCCCUCUGGCUACUCAGCUACUUCUGCUGGCUACGUCGGUAGCUCUAGUGGCGACUACGAAAGCACCGGCUCCGCUAGCGGCGUCGACUUCCAAGAGUAUAUGCAGGACCGCUUCUCUAACUCCUUUGACCCGAUCCCUCUUGACCGGAGCAUGGCCGUUCAAGCACAGACUUCCGGCAAACUCAACGCCAAGCACCGCGAACUCCUGGAGCUGCAAAAGCAAGCUCAGGCUCGCCUUGCGAGAACUCGUGAACGCUUCUCCGAGGGAAUGCGCGACGCGCGAGAAGUCCGCAACGACCUUGAGUGGACCCAGAAGAAAGUUUCGGCUCUGAACGCAAAGGCUGCGCGAAAGCACCCCAAGGAGUACACGAAGGCUCGCCAACGCUUUCCUUCUCCCGAGUACAACUAA